AUGUUCCAUCCAAGGAGUUGCUGGAAGGCACUCCCGCUGCUUUGCUUGCUCCUUCUCGCGCCCAUGAAGCGAACUAAUGCUGAAUUUGUGGAGAUGCAAGGCUUUUCACUGGAAGCCUAUGAAGGUGCAAAGUGCCUUGAUGGAUCACCAGGACUCUACUACCAUGCGGCUGCUACUUCUGAUGCUGCCUCGAACAAGUGGUACAUUGAAAUGCAAGGAGGUGGUUGGUGCAAGGACAUUCGACAAUGCACAAAUCGAGUUAAAACCCAGUGGGGAACAACAUCCAAUGACAAGCCCAGCUUCCGCAAAGCCCAAGCUCUUUUCUCUGAUGAUCCUGCUGUCAACCCACUGAUGCACGAUUGGAACAAGGUCUACUUUCGCUAUUGUGAUGGCUUUUCUUUCAGUGGCACCAUUGCCAAUCCGAUCAUUGGGAAUGACGGCACCACUGAAUUGCAUCUUAGAGGGUUUGAUAUUCUUCAAGCAGGAAUGACUGAUCUCUUUGCCAAGCACAACCUGGGCAUGGCUACUGAUGUAGUGGUUGGAGGGUGUAGUGCUGGUGGCUUGUCAACUCUCCUGCAUUGCGAUCGGUGGGCAGAUGCCAUCCAGCAAUAUUCACCUGAAGCCAAAGUUGUAUGUGCCCCUGAAUCCGGAUUCUUCAUUGAUUACAAUGAAACAGCAAGUCUCACCUAUGGAAAUCUCAUGAGAGAUGGAAUUGAGCUGCAUCAGCCAAUGUUGCCAUCAGGUUGCACCCAGCACGAGAGCGACACAUCUCAAUGCGUCUAUGCUGAAAACAUUGUCCAACACAUUGAAACUCCUGUCUUUGUCAUGCAGUCUCUGUAUGAUGAUUGGGGCCGGGGAGCAGUAAAACUCAGCAAUGGCAAUGUGGAGGCAAUCGAAAAGUUUGGUGCCCUUGUCAAGCAAACCGUGCUUGAUGUCACCAAGAAUCAGUCUAUGGGCAGUGAUCAGAAUGGAGUCUUUCUUGUCUCAUGUGAAGAGCACUGUGGAGGCUUUGAUGUUGAGGUCAAUGGUUUUAAAAAGCUUGAGGCACUCAAAGUCUGGUAUGAGCAGCAGGAUGCAAUCAGUGUUUACCUGCAAGAAGAGGGGUACAGUUGUCAGGGAUGCUGUCUUGCGCCAAAACCAACCACAGCUUUUCCAACAGGAGCCACGACUUCAGCUUCAGGGACUGCCCCUCCAAGCAGUGAAUCUCCCAGUUCCAACGCCACUCAGUCUCCCAGUGCAAAACAGAGUCUGGCACCCGGCGCAAACCACACCCAAGGACCCUUCAGCACGGAACCAACAACACCAUCACCUUCAAGUGACAUGCCCAGUGCAACGACAGAAGCUCCCAUUGGGUUACCAAGCCACAGUUCAAGUGCGCCAAGUCAUCAGCCCAGUCAAAGUCCUAGCACUACCCCAAGCAGAUUGCCCAGUACGACACCCAGUAGAAUGCCAGCUGAAAGUCCCAGUGCAUCAUCCAUGGACCAGAAUCUUCGUGGCAGCAAUGUCAACCCACCUGCCCCCAGCGUUCACCCACAAAAGUCAAAAGCACCUCCUUUGCUGGUGUCGAUGUUUAGCUUCUUGUCUUUUGCAUCGAUGGGGUCCUUGGCCUAUUUUGCCAAGAGGAAGGCAAACGCCGAAUCUGAUGAUGAUGAGUUGACCCCCAAGUAA